AUGUUAGAUGUUACUUUAAAUCGCACUNUUAAAGACAAAGCGCUUCGUAAAAAAGAUGGUUCAAGUACAUGUCAAGAUUUUGUUAGCUUAGUUGGAGACUGGCUGAGAAAAAUUGAGCGGUCGGAUUCACUUCGUGGCAAUUCUGCUGACACCAAUAAAAGUGAGCUGGCAGCAUUGACAUCGUAUGCAUUAGCAUUUCCUGAUAACUUUCUUGCCUUAGUAGACACUUACGACGUUAUGAGGAGUGGAGUUCCUAACUUUUGUGCAGUUGCAUUAGCUCUCAGUGACUUAGGAUACAAAGCAAUUGGCAUUAGGCUGGAUUCUGGCGACCUUGCAUAUCUGUCUUGUGAGAUCAGGAAGUUGUUUUGCUCCAUUGAGAAGGAAUUUGGAUUGCCCGGUUUCGGAAAGAUGAGUAUCACAGCUAGCAAUGACCUUAAUGAGGAAACAAUAGAUGCUUUAAACAAACAGGGUCAUCAGAUUGAUGCCUAUGGAAUUGGUACAUACCUGGUUACGUGUUAUGCUCAAGCUGCUUUAGGUGUUGUUUUCAAGCUGGUUGAAAUUAAUAAUAAACCUCGUAUCAAACUUUCUGAAGCUGUCUCAAAGGUCACUAUUCCAUGUAAGAAGCGAAUAUAUAGAUUGUAUGGGAAAGAAGGUUAUGCUUUGGUAGACAUAAUGACAGGAGAAGAUGAACCCCCUCCAAAGGUGGGAGAAAGAAUCCUGUGCCGCCAUCCCUUUCGAGAAUCCAAAAGAGCAUAUGUGGUGCCUCAGAAAAUUGAGGAGCUUCUAAGGUGUUACUGUGCUGGGAAUUCAGAUAAAAACGAAGAAAUUCUACCCCCUUUAAAGGACAUUAGAGAGCGAUGCAUCCAGCAACUUGAGCAAAUGCGACCUGACCACAUGAGGAGACUAAAUCCAACUCCCUAUAAGGUUAGUGUGAGUGCAAAGUUAUAUGACUUCAUUCAUUUCUUGUGGGUCAAUGAGGCACCUGUUGGAGAGCUGCGAUAACAAGGUAAAUAAAUGGAGAUGCACCUGAUUAAUUAAUGGAGGCGAAAGAAAUUGUAAUAACA